GUGCAAUUCGGCUUUGUUUGUUUUCCAUCAAUUCCACUUCUGGCAACAAAACCUCGAGUCGCUCAGAGAUUCUUUAGAAGAAGAAACUACUAUCACACUGCGUUCGGUUAGCGCGCAAGUGACCUUUAGAUCCUCCCUCUUUUUCUGUCAUGUUGUAAUUGGCUAAGCGUGUGCCAACAGCCUGCAUACUUCUGGACUGACGCCUACAAACUCUUGAGAAAAAUAAGACAGCAGUAUCUGGUUAGUCUUCACCAUACCUACAUGCCAUAGAGGUCUCGAAACGCUUUCUAUGGACUCGAGAUUGUUUAGAAGAAUAAUGAUGGCUAUUAUGCGCUUUUGACAUGGCGAGUGUAAUUGUGCCGGUUGCUGACCAGCAGGAGCUUCUCUCUCCUCGGUGUCAUUUGGAAUGAAUAAUCUCAAAGACAGGAUCGAAUGAUGAACAGCAAGCAGGCAAAGAGUUUCAUGGAUCCCCUACCUCAAAGCAAGAGAGCAAGACUAGAGGGUACCAUGGGGACUGUGAGCAAAGCCGACAGUUUGCCUCAGUACUCUCAAGACAAGUCUUUACCCUACAGACAUACCUAUAUGUCAUGUGGACAAGAGACAUUAGAUCUUCCCUCACCAUGGAGUCCCUCUAGGAUUUUUGUAAGAACUGGAGGGAGUCCUGUGGUUUCAGCUACAGAGGGGUCAAUUACCAAUCCAAUCAUUUAUAGGCCUGAAAACAUAAAUUUCCCUGAGGACAAAGGAUCCCCCACUGGAUCAGAGGUGGUAGUGAAGCAAAAGCUUGCCUAUGAUACUAGAAGUCUGAGUAAGCAGAGCCCUAAUAGUGCAGGAUUAAUGUCCCCUGUUCCUUUUAGGAAAACCCCUUUAGGUUGCACAAGUUUAUCACCCUCACCAUCAGAAAAAUCUGGUGGACUUGCUAUUCCAAAACCAGUGUAUGCACAUAGGCCUUGCUGUGCUGGCCAAAAGUACACAGUAGGUCACAGCUAUACUAUGGACCAAGGACUGCAGAGGAUGCCCCGACAAAUGUUUGAGGAUGAUCAGAUGACAUAUUAUGGUCACUGGGAAUGCAUGCAUAAAAAGGAGUCAGAAGCUUUGAUGCAGCAUAGAUUAUUGGCAUAUGAGCAAUGUGGAGGGAAGGUACCAUUAAAAGAUGUAACCACAGAAGGCUACCAUGGUCUUAGCCAAAGCAAACCUCAAAGCCUUUCUGCUUUUUCUAAUCCAUGCCAUGGCAACUAUUUGUAUAACCAUGUUCACCCGUUUGUCCCCUCUUCACCAGAUCACUGCCAACGUUUCCAGAUGCCUAGACAGGCACAUAAAGAUAUGGCUCCUAUGUAUGAGACAGUGCCUGGGAUGCAGUAUGGAACACACAUGCAGAUUUAUCAAGACUGUCCUCUUACAUCUAAGUAUAGAGAUAUACCUCAACAUUCCGUGCUUUAUUGUCAGAAGAAUAACAUUUCUCAGGUUUACAGAACUGAGAAUUUUCAGCAAACGUCUGGCCAGCACCCUGUCCUUCAACCUUUCUUUAGAGAUUUCAGGCAGCACUACCCUUUGGUCUCUCCAGGCCACCCAGUUGUCAGGAACGUAGCUGCAUAUCCUGCCUGUAGAACACACACAAACCCGUUUAGUAAGAGAGCUUUUUGUCCUCCUGUCUUGCAGCAAGUAGAACAACCGCUGGACUUUUCCAUGCGGCAAGAAAAGAAUGCUGAGUCCAACCAGGAACAACCUCUUCAAGGACAGCUUGGAGUUAAAGGGACUUUCCAUCAAACUGACUCUCAAGCCCACUAUAUGGUUUCAAAUAAAAAUUCACCCCUGGAGAGUCCAUGUCAGGGACAAGAUAAUUGUCCGCUUAAAAGUCAAAGUUAUACAAACUCUUCUACAUGCACUGGUGAUAUAUUCAGUAAAAAGCAGAGUUUAGGUUUUUCAGACAAAGCAAGUAAUGUUGCUGUCGUAUCUAAAAAGCUCAGGGUGGAAACUGACAAAAGCUCUGAAAAUGAUUCUUUGGUUAAACUUCAAACAACACAGCAGCUGAAAGCUUAUGAGACUAAGCCCCAUUCCUCCCCCCCAAUGCCAGUAAUUAACAAAGUUUUUAGUCUGGCCCCUUACAAAGCCUACUUAGAAGGUACAGGUUUAUUAUCACCUGCACAAGAUCCCAGCUGUCCAAAUCAGCUUCCUAACUCGAAGCCUCAAAUAGAUGAAAGAGAAGCACAAAACUCUGACCCACAAACAAAGUUAGACAAAUAUGUUAAAUUGAAAAUCAAAACUGAGAAAAUAGAGCCUGAUGAAAGGGUUUGUCAGUCAGAAAAAGAGAGCCAGAGUCCUGUGAUUAGUCAGAACAAUCACAAUGUAAAUGUUAAAGAAGAACAAGACAAUUUAGAAUCAACAGAGGAUGAUUCCAAACACAACCUUGUUAUGAAGACUGGACUUUGUUCGUGUUCUGAAAUGUCAGAACACCCCCUUAAAUGCACUAUUGCAUGUAGUGUGAUGGAUGGAGUUGCUGUGCAAAACGGUGACAAAAAACAAUUAGAUUUUCCAGCUUCUUUAUCUACCAAACCCCUAAUUCAAUCUAAGGAUACAUUUUCCCUCAACAAAAUCCCUCCUCAUUGCCUUAAAUUGACCAGCUUUAAAAUAGUUUUGCCUGAACUCUUCAAAACUCCAAUAUCUCCAGUCCCUGAAAUACUUCGAACUUCUGCUGAGAAUAAAGUAGCCAUAAGCAGUAGACAAGCCCGGUAUCAGUUCAUGGAGCUUCACCAGUCACUCUGCAGACUUGUCUCUGGGUGCAUUUCUCAAACCUCACAUUGUGAGCUCAGGAACUGGUUAUCCAAUUUGGACCUGGAUGAGUCAAUUCCUCUUCAAGCUAAAACCCAAAAGGUUUCAUGCCUUCUGGGCUCUAAGGCUAGGGAGAUGUGGAUGAAAGAUGAAGAAAUUGUGAGAGCACUCCAUAAAGUUCUUUACCAACUUGAGAACUAUGUCCGAAUUCAAGAGUGCCCCUUUCCUCAUGUCAUCAGAGCAGGGGCCGUGUUCAUCCCCAUGCUGGUGGUAAAGGAGGUGCUAUUCCCACAUGUCCAGGGUACAUUCAUAGACCAGGUUUUACAAGAGCAUCGAGUUGAGCUGCGGCCAACCACACUGACAGAGGAGAGACAGCUGACUCAGCUCCACAAGCGUGCUUUUUCUUCUAAGUUAAGGAGGCUCCUGUCCCUUAAACACCUGCCAGAUAUCUAUCCAGAUGUCCUCAACCUCCUCUACUAUGCUGGAGUCUGCAAAUUCAUCGAUUCUACUCCUACAGAUGAUGCACAGAAGAAGUGAACUCCACUUUGAAAAAGGAAUGUGUGCAAUUCUCCGAUGAAGCUGAAAGUACUUUUAACGAGUUUGAGGUGCACUGCGUAUCACCAAGGCCACACACGGCAGACACCACCACAUGCCUGGAGAAUGUGAAGC